AUGUCUGCCUUUUCGGCUGCGCUCGACGACGCAUUCGCGUCCAAGCGACUCCGGUACAUUGCCGUCGAGGACGAAUGCGACGACUACAAGGCCAGCCUCAAGGACAUGAUCAACGAAGCCUCCCUGCAGGCUAUCUCAUCUGAGAUGCUCGUUCGCCCGCAAGGCAAGACGGACGUUCAGUUUCUCGCCACCAUGUAUCGAAAAGCGCUCCUCGGCGUCGCCAUCUGUCUCGCUCCGUCCGAGGAGCAGCAGGCAGCGACUUUUAACAAACCUACAAUCAUCGGCACCUUGUGUAUCGGCUGGGGCGGCAUCCCCGAGUCGCUGCGGCACAACCGCAACGCCUACAUUGGCAUCACCCUCGCGAAGCCCUUCCGCGGCAAGGGCUACGGGCGCGAGGCACUGAACUGGGGCGUCGACUGGGCGUUUCGGCACGCCGGGCUGCACAGCCUCUCGCUGACGACGAUUGGGUUCAAUGAGAUCGGGCAGAGGCUGUAUGAAAAGGUUGGGUUUACUUUCGUGGGGAGAAGGAGGGAGGUGUUGUGGGUGGAUCGGCAGUGGCACGAUGAGCUGAUUUAUUCGAUGACGGAGAGGGAGUGGGAGUCGUUGAGAGGAUUGAAAAAGGACAUGAGUUGA